AUGCCGAUCCGUCCUCUCGAUGAAUGGACCGUGGGCCGUACCCAGUCCCUCCCCCUCUCCGCGCUAAAGGGUGCGGUCAUCGGUCUCGAUGCGUCGCACUACAUUCAACAACACCUGGUAAACCAGUCGACCCGGGAGGCCCUGCUCGGCGCUCUGGGCGGCUUUCCCUUCGCCUUGAAAGCCAACAUUGAGAAGGAACUACAAACCUUCAAGAGUCUAGGUGUCGGAUGUAUCUUUGUCUUCAAUGGCCUGGAUUUUGGCAAGAAAGAUGAGAAGCCUCGCAACCAGUCCGCCAUGGCACGCUCAUUUGAGCAGGCCUGGGAGCUCUACGAUCAGCAGCAAGCGGACCAAGUUGUGGAUGCCUUUAGCAAUGCCGGUAUGACAGAAUCCCUUGCCCGGAUGUCGGAUAUCUGGUCCCCCUCGCUCCCGCCCAGACUCCUUUGUACCUUGCCGCCGGUAGCCCUAAUCGACGCUGACGAUGAUACCUCAGGGACCCCACCCCCGGAAACCCUCUACAAGUUCCUGCAGCGAAUCCUAUCCCAAAAUGGAGUCUCAUUCAUGGUGGCACCCUAUAGCGCCUGUGCACAGCUCGCCUAUCUUGCCCGUGGCUCCAACCCUGUGAUCGAUGCCAUUUACGGACCUUCCGAGACGCUUCUUUUUGACAUUGAGAAGCUUGUGACUCGCAUCGAAAUCGAACCCGCCCAAUUCUCCUGGCUCACAAAGCAGACUCUACUGGAAGAACUCGGCCGUCUAUCUAAUGACCAAUUCCUAGAAUUCUGCCUGCUCCUCGGGUCACCAUUCCUGCGAUCAUUCCCGCUGUUUGAGAGUCCCGCCUUCCCCGGAAAGCUACCCCUCGUUCGCGAUGCGCUACCAAUGUUCAAUGCCGCCGGCCGCAGUGCUUUGGCCUUGUGUGCUCAGAUCGAAGACGAGCGUCGUAUGCCGGAGCUCGACUACACGAAGCGAUACAAGCGGGCGUAUCUGGUUGUCAAGCACCAUGUGAUCAUUGAUAUUGAGGGACGGGUUGGCCCCAUGGACCAGGAGCAUACCUCGUCGGAUAUGCACGAGCUCAUCGGCCUGCGCCUCCCCGAGGAGUUGUACUUCUAUCUGUCCAAGGGUGUUCUUGGCCGAGAUGUUCCCAACUUCCUCACAUCGGGCGAAGUCCGUCUCUCGCUCCCUCUGGGAACCGAGGAUACCGAGGUAUACCGUCAACUCGUGGCCGAUACUUUGACUCCCAUUCGGGCACAGUCGAUCGGCCUGUUGGCCAAUUGCCUCCACAGAUUCUAUCAGACCAAAAUCAUCACCAUUCGACCUUGGUUCGAUGAGAAUUCAGAAGAGAGGCAGAUCAACCUCCGGGAACUCCCAUCAGUUAAAGAGACCAUCCAAGCUUGGAGGGUAUCCAGUGAUAAGUUCCCUGAAGAUGUUAAGAAGUUGCAGGCGCCUCGGGGCUCCUUCAAGUUUGCCAUCCAGAGUUUGAAGAACUCUGAAUUCGUGGCUAAGACAUUUGCGACGAGAGAGACGCCCAUCCUGUCAAAGCAAGAAGAUGUAUUGUCCAAUGUCAUGUGGCGCUUCUUGCAGUUGCGUGGAUACGUUGACGACAAGCACAACCCGACUGCAUGGGGCAAGUGCCUGGAGCAAGCUCUGUCGGCGGUGGAUCCUACCGACAACCUGGAGGAUGCCAUUUUCAUUGCCAUUGAGAUGCUCCGUAUGAACCUUCUUAACACUAAACAUUGGUUCUCACAUGUCUCCGGCGGCCCGAUGAGAGGCUCGGAGGAGGACAAGACUUUCAACAUGCUGGUAUCCCGUGUGGCCUGUAUUGCGAAGUUGCAGCACAAGCCUAUCGGAUACUCUGGCCCCCUAAGCCGACAACUCCUUUGCUACCGUUCCCUCAUCUCCGAAGUUCGCACCGCGUUGAGGAAUCUCAUCGAGGUCGUGCUGGCGAGUCUGCUACUGAGUGGCGAAGUUGAUCGAGACCGUAACGACUGGGUUGAGCUAGGAAUUAAGCUUCCCUUCAUUGACGAUAAUGACUGCGGUUUGGGUAUUGCUGUCCGGACCUAUCUGGAUGAUCUUCCUCUGCAAGCGAACCCUACCUCGCCCGAGGCUCGACAAGAGGUGAAGUCGAAGGGCAAGGAAUGGUUCCAGCAUAGCGAGAGCUUCACAGGAAAUCUGGAUUUGGCUUUCAAGCUGUGGGAUGCGGUUUACAAGGGUUCCCAGAACGCCGACAACAACGAGUUCAAGGAGGCAAAGCUUUGGGACGAUGCUAACAAGUGGUUGGCGGAGAGACGUUGA